CGAUGUGCAUCAAAAUGUAUAGUCACCUUUGAUAUCUCAAACGCACUACAAUCUUCAACCAAACAUGAAGUUCCUCAUCGUCUUCGUCGCCCUCUUCGCCCUGGCCGUGGCUAGCCCAGUUGAUUCUGAUGCAAAUGCAUAUGUCAUCAAUCAGGAAGCUAAUGUUGAACCCGAUGGCUUCUCCGCUAGUUUCGAAACAUCGAACGGCAUCAAGGAAGAGAGCUCAGGUCAUCUGCAGAACCAGGGCUCAGAGAACGAGGGUAUUGCUGUGCGCGGAAGCUUCAGCUACCCUGCUCCUGAUGGUUCAAUUAUCUCCCUCACCUACGUCGCCGAUGAGAACGGUUUCCAGCCUGAGGGUGCUCAUUUGCCUGUUGCCCCAGAAGCUUAAGAAACUUCAGGUUUAAAAUAAAUUGAUUAAUGUUAAA